AUGAAAGCAGUGAUCAUCUUUUGUGUUUUGUUUGCUGGUGCAUCUUGUGUACCCAUGCUUAAUGAGUACCGAAGUAAUGAAUGGACACUUUUUAAACAAGUUCAUGGAAAACAAUACGAAUCGAUGAAAGAAGAAUUAACUCGACGAAGUAUUUGGGAGAAAAAUGUUGCCAAAAUACAACAACAUAACCUCGAAGCUGAUUUAGGCAUUCAUACAUAUACAUUAGGAAUGAAUCGAUUUGGUGAUAUGGUAUGUUAUUUUUCUUUAUGA